AUGAGCAUGGCAAGUCCUAUGAUGACGGCGAUGAACAUGGCAAAUCGAUCUCCGCGACCGCUUGAGAAAGAGACGAAUGGAAUGGCUGAGGAAAUUCCCAUACAAUUGACAUUGGGAGAUAUGACGCUAUCACUUGGAGCGGCUGGACACUGGGAGCUUGACAGUCACACGACAUUCAAGCAGACAGAAGAGCGUAUGCAAGUACUGGAGAAGCGCAACGCGACGCUCGAAGACGAGAACAUUGCACUGCGGGACAAGUGCACGCGCAUGAUGGAGGAGUGCAACAUGGAAAAGUUCAAGUGCCAACUACUGGUCGAAAUGCUUGCAGUGUCGAGUUUAGACGAGGAGCGGAUGAGAAUGCAGGCAGAACAGGAAAAAGCGCGAGCGAUCAGUUUGAAGACAGAUAUAGUGGCAUUGAUAGAGCAAGCGCGCAUUAAAGGGUUUGACUUGCGCAAGCUUAACGCCACCGAGUCGUUGGAAGGAGCUCCGUAG